AUGGCAGUUAGUCAGUCACACAAAGUUCUGGAUCCGCCAUAUCGUAAUAGUUUUGCACGUCUUUCACAUGCCGCCAGGGACCCUUUAGACCACAAAAUCAUCUGAAAGUUUGAUGUUUUCUUCAUAAAUUUAGAUGUGAAUCGAAUCAAGCCACUCCAGAUAUAGUCCCAGACCUAGAGCGUCUCUACAUAUGUUGCGUGAAUCUGCCCCACCGAACCGUAGUUUUGUAGUGCCCACAUACAGGGUGACUAUUAUUAUGCUCGUCAUCGGACAUAUUCAGGUUACAGUGGCCAUGGAGAUCAAGCCAUUUAAAGACUUUCUGGCGGAACACUACUACCUCAGUCUGCUUCAGUUCCUCAUCAGCUUCCUGUCCAUCCAGCUAUACGGAUUCUUCUACCAUAUAAUCGUUAAGAAACCCAUGUGGGUGCGCGUAUUGGCGGGCGUCUGGACGUACGAGGUUAACACCUUGUCGAUCAUGAAGCCCGCCAAACGAGCCUCCUACAUAUGCCUCAUUAUUGGAGUCAUCCUGACCAUCAUCGUGAUGAUAAUUAGUAUCAUAUUCGGAAACAAGUCAGCCAAAUAUCAAAGAGGACUAUUCACCAGCCGCCACAAGGUGAUCCUUUGGAGUGAAAGGGUAUUUGUGCUCACCUGUUUCGGAAUCAUAGUGUGCGCCGAGAUGAAGCGUGUUGCCAUAGAGUUUCCCACUCUGCUGACGUACACCUUAAUCUCAAAUGUGUUCGUCUUAAUUUUUGCCGCCUCGAUACGAAGACCAAACUUCUAUCAUUGGCAUUCGAAAGGGGACUAUAUACUGAUCGGUCAGUUGUAUUACCUCAACUUCUUUGCGCUUUAUAUGGGAUACGUGGCGACGAUGGCAUCUUUUAUGGAGCUAAUGGAAUGGGACGCGGACGUACGGGGAGUUUUUAAAAUCCUAUUUUAUCGAGAAACCGCCAAUUGA